AUGUUCCGUAUUGUCAUUGGCGUCAUGUUCCAUCUGCAUAUAACCCAGCGGACGGGGCUUCACGCGGCGCGCAAACCACUCAAUAUUUGCUUCUACAAAAGUAUUGGAUCUUAUCAGGGCGUGACGUUAUACGGCAACGCAUACACCGAUGCGUACGGUGCUUUCGGGCGCGUCCCGUGCGUCCGCAACCAAGCAUGGGUCCGCUGCCCGCCGCGCGUUUACAACCCGAACGCCCAUUCCUUAAGACUGCCG